CUCAACCGAGACGCCAGUCCCCGCGGUCACCACCAGACGGUCGUCGAUCGCCGACCACAGAAAACAACAAACCGCGCGCCCGCACGCUCGCUCGCUUGCUCUCUGUCCCUCGUCGCUUUCUGUGGUCACUACGCGUUGUGUGUGUGUGUGCCACCCCCGGUGUCUUGCUACUGACUCCACGUUGCCACGCGAUAAUUGCUAAAAAGCUUUUUUCCUUCCAUUAAUAAGCGCGAAUCGCGCGUCGUGUGUGUCGUAACGUGUCGUCGUCGUCCUGUUCUGCACUCGAGGACCGGUGAACUGAACCGCGCACACGCGGGGGAUAUGAUGAGGUAGGACCAGAUGUAUGUUAUGCCAUUGCACUGGUUCAACCUCAUCUUCCGUGGACCGCGCGCAGCAGCAGCUGAUGCAUCUGCAUAGAGCGGUCUGGUAGUGAACGCGAUCGCGAUCGCGACUGGUGCGAAGCCUGUUUGUUGUCAGCAUUAACAGCAUCGCCAGCGAUCCUCGGCCUCGGUCGCUAAUGUGUGCAGCCGUUUCCAGUGUGUGCAGCCAAAGUGCAGUGCAGCAGUGCAAUCGUCAUACGAUACGAUAACGAUACUUUCACUCUCAAAAGUGCACCACAAGACACACAGCGCGGUUAUAACGCGCCGAUCCUCGUCUCCUCGAAGACGACCAGAAGGAAGGAAACGUAAGGGGGAGACGAACCAUUACCGGGGGACCUUCACCAGAGGAAGCAGCAGGUGGUGGUGGUGCGUGUGAAACCACAGCAGCAGCAGCAGCAGCAGCAGCAGCAGUGGCGACAGCAUUCGAGAGCGCUCGAGUUCUAGGAGCAAAAUGCACACAAGACAUCAACGAUGGAUGAGGCAACGAACGCACCACCGACUAUUCAUGGUCACAGUAGCAUUGUGCAUCAUUGGAUUAGAAGGUGCCCGGAUGGUGCUUGCCCGAGCACAGCAGACAAAGGAUAGCGACCAGCGACAGCGAAUGCCAACGGAUCCUGAUCGCGCGGCCACUCCCGGCUCGGUGAACGGUACCACAACGGACCUCGGACCGCUGCUGGCCAGCGAUCGGCAACGUCGGCUGAUCCCGUACAUGCAGUACUACGUAACCUCGACUCCAGGUGCGCCACCGGCGGCCAGAGGCGGUGGCGGUGCUGACUACCAGCACCACCACAACCACCAGCAGGCACCACAACCUUCCUCACCAGCGCCAGCAUUCAAUCAGCUCUAUAAUUAUAGGCCGAUCAAUGUCCCUUCGCCGGCCGCCUUCGGACCGAAGCAGCAGCAACAGCAACAGCAGCCAAGCGGCAAACCGGUGCUGGUUGCCGCCUAUCGACCACAGGAAGACCCGUCAUACGACUUUCAAUCGCAAAGGCCACCGCUGCUGGUACCUCGCAAGCAGUACUACGCUACUGUUAGUGGAGCACAACAACAACAACAAACGAAGCUAGUUCCGGCUACCGGUGGCCUUAAGUCGUUGCCGUUCACCUACGAUUACGGCAGCAGCAGCAGCAUCAACCAACACCAGCAACAGCAACAGCACCGUGGCCAUCAGAAUCCUGUAAAGGUGGCUUCGUCUUACGCGAUACUAACCAGCGGAUCAGGCGAUCAUGGCCCAGCGGAUGAGGUGUACGAGCGGCCAAAGUACGCCGUCAUUCCACGCGAUCGCGAUCGCGAAUAUGAUGCCGGUGGGCCACGGUUUGCCGUUCUACCGGCCACCAAGCUGUACGGUGGCGCCGUUGAGGUCCACACCAAAUCACAGCCACACCACGAGAAUGAAGCCGAACCACCACCACAGCAUACGGCUGCCAAGUACUUCCUCUCGACUGUGCCGACUGAUCUGGCACCCUCGCGGAAACCAUCGUUGUAUCAAGCGGUUCCGGUGGUGUACAAGAAGCACCGGAUCAAUCCGUUUCUCCCGUCGAACACUAUCCCGGGACCGUUUACACCGAUGGCGACGAGUCAUAGCAGCGGAGCAGAGGACGGCGCGAACCAGAUCGUGUCACAUCAGGAGGAGCAACUCUCGGCGUACGUCGUCAAGGGACACUCGACGGUCGCACCGAGCAUUGUCGAGUAUCAGCAAGGCGAGACGGCAGGCCAUCAGUCUCCUUAUGUGUUGGUGAAGACGGUUCCAAAGUAUUACUACGAAAAGCCCCGGAUUGCGGUAGUCAGCUCGACGGUAGCACCACAACCGUUCCCGGCCGUUUACUAUCACCACAAGGAGAAACCAAGCAAGCAGCAGUACUCCAACAAUACCGGAUACACACGACCACGGGUUCCGGUUCCGGCAGCCGAGCAGCCCCUCAACAAUCCGUACUACAACGUGGGACACUUUUACAAAUUCCAGGAGCAACCGACUCCGACGAAACUCCCAUCGGCCGCACCACCACCACCGAGGCAACAUCUUACCGAGACCACACUGACGCAACAUCCGGUGAAGCAUCUCGUCUCGGAAACGGUCAGUAAACCGCCCCAAGCUCAAGGCCACGCUGGUCAGUACUUCCUCGGUGCGAACUAUAAGGUGUUUAAGGUGCCAGCUGCUAAGGUGCCUCAGCAUCAGCAUUAUCAUCAUCAGCAGCAACCGUACUAUACUGGCCACGAGCAGCCAUCGUAUCAACCACAGUUCAUCCAGCACGUGACCAGUACACCGAGUACACCGACGAUCGUAUACUCAACGACUGCUGCACCUCCACCACCUUCUCCCUCGACGACACUCGCACCAGCGAUCGUUCACGAGACACCCUCCUAUCCCGUGGUCUACCAUCAUCACCAUCAUCCGCAGUAUCAGGCCAAACAUAUGCCAGGCAAUCGCACCGAGUAUACCAACCGGCAGCGUUUCUAUCCACCAUCGAUGCGCCAUCCGUCUCAACACAAACCGAGACCAAUCCCGUUGGCACCACUGCCGGAACCGGGUGAGCCGGAGGCAGAGGUGGGCCUAGUGGCCGGUGGAACCUCCGGUUCACUAUCCGAUCUGUUGAAGAACCUGCAGGAUAACAAUCUACUCCCGAAGACACUCACACCGGAUAACAUCGACAACUCGAUCCGAACACUCGUAAAGAUCCUUAACAAUCUGAAGGCAAAUGGACGCUACCAGGCGACCAGUUCAGUGCGGCCGGAUCCAUCUGAUGAGGUGGUAUACGAACGGCCUGGUAACUAUACGCAGGCACCACAAGACGAACGGUACGUCGAGGCGGAUCCGUACCAUCACGGACCACCGAUGUUGAUCAACAAGAUCGUCACCCCGGGACCGAAUACGGGCAAACCCGGUAUCGACUAUCCAGCGUUGGCCGAAAUCCCGGAGACGAGCUUCUCGUGUAAGGAGCAGCGGUAUAAGGGAUUCUUCGGUGAUCCAGAAACCAACUGCCAGGUUUGGCAUUACUGUGAUCUGAAUGGCGGAAAGGCUUCCUUCCUGUGUCCCAAUGGAACCAUCUUCAGUCAGGUCGCCCUGACAUGUGAUUGGUGGUUCAACGUGAAAUGCUCGACGACUGCGCAACUUUACGUGCUGAACGAACGGCUGUACAAGUACAUUCUGCCCUUUACUCCCAAGUUCCCCGAGGAUUAUAGUGGCCCCUUGGUCGAUAAGUAUCUAGCGCUCAAGUUCCAAGAGAUGGAAGAAAAGAUGAAGCUGCAGCGGGCAAAGAGUGCCAAGCAGGGCACGGAACCGAUCGCAAACACCGAUCCGGACAACGACGAGGUCAAUGGGAACCGGCUCGAAGAUAACGAUGAGCGGUACAACCAGAAUCAACCCUAUCCGGUAAAGUACGUUACGACGGAAGCCAUCCCGGAGCGUGUAUCCGAUGCUUCGAAACCGGCUGAAGAAACAUCGUCGGCCGUAGUGACGCUGGAAGAUAUCGAUGCGGAACUGCAACGUGGGAAUGCUGGAGUGGCCAGUAGCACUACAACCGGUGGUACUCCAGUAGUAGAGAUGACCUCCGAGGAAGCGGAACGUGAGGAGGAAGAGACGACACACCACAGACCGACUACCGGACCGACACUGAUCAUCACGACCGAGGAUCCUCCCGGUGAUCCGUACCAUGAGAUGAUGAUGAUGACGAUGAUGGGAGGACCGGAAGGACGUGCAGAGGAUGAUCACUACGCGAAUGUGGUCAGUACCGAGAAGCCACCCGGAGCAGCGGCGCUACUACCAACGGCCGCUCCCGUUGUCCUCAGCAAGAUAAGACGAAUCGAGGUCAAGAACGAUGGCACCAGUGGCCACCUCAUAAGAACGCCCAACUACGAGCGUAGACGAAGGAAAUGAAGUGUGUACCGGAAGAGUGGCAUGACGGCAGAAGGACAUUUCAACAUUCUCAAUACUCACAUUCAACCACACACACACAUGGCAGCGGCCAAGGCCAAGGGGAGGGCGCGUAUGCGAACAAUAAACUAUUGUACAAUAUUUAGUUUCGUAAUUUAAGAAAGGACCUCCAGCGCGAUAAGAAUCUGCUUAAGAGCUAAGUAAAGAAUCGAAUUACCCGCAAAACACCGUACCGUGGACCCUGUGUGUGUGUGUACGUUCUGUCUGUUGACCUGGUGUGGUCGCUUAUCGUGUACCCGAACGUGUCGCCUUCGUCGG